AUGGUUCAAUGUUCUCUUAUGACUGGUCAAACCAAACGUUUCAGCAACACAAUUACAGAUUUAAUCACGGCGGCCGAGCGUUUGGACUUUAACUCUCAAAAUAAUGGUGACCCAGAAGCCCUAGAGUUGGGAGCCCGAAUGCUAGCAAAGGCGAAGAUGCGUAACACUUCGGCUACUUACCGUGGAACACCAAGUCUACUGCAACCUCUUAACCCUGCGGGUUCCAUUUACGGCCAGCCACAAAUGCUCUCACAUGAUCCAUGGCGAACGGGUGCUGUGAACAACUUUGCGUCCACGCAACCAAUUCAGCCCCCACCGUCAUCGUCCUCUGAAGGUGAUAAUAAAUAUUCUCCUGGUGCAUCCUAUCAAAUUCAACCCCCUGGGGUGUCUUUCCCAAAUGCCAUGGAUAUGAACGCUCCAGAGAGCGGUUACGAGCCUGUGGGUGGUGCUCAAGGGCAGCCACCUGGUUAUCCGCCACAACCGGAGCGGCCGCCACAACCGGACUUCACUUCGCCUCAUUUACCGCCAUCAAUGCCAGGCGGAGUUGCUCAGCCCCAGCAUCCUCUCCCUUCCAAUCAACCUUGGAAUAGCCCUGGAGACACUGAAGCUAGUGGACUCAGUGGCAAUGGUGAAGGUGGCUCGUGGAAUCAGGGUGAACUCUGGCAAAAGCCCUUGCCGCCAUCUUCUAAUCCCUGGGAACCUCAUCGACCACCGCUCUCUCCGCAAUCACAACCUCAACCAUCACAUACUCCAGAUGGCAUGGGGAAUAAUUACCAAUGGCCACCAAACUACUAUCCCGAUCAACAGGGCAGCGGUGAUGGUGUUUUGCCUAAUGCCCAGUCCUAUCCACAACCACCUCCACCUGUAGGGGUAAUAUCGACAACGGCAACUUCACCACAACCACCAACGACGUUGACGACAUCGACAACUAUUAGCUCCACCACCACUACUACCACAACUCCUAUUCCAAUCUCAGCACCAUUGCUUCCGGCGCUACCAUCUGUAUCAAGUGUCAGCGAAAGUACGGUGAAACCAGUUAAAGUGGAGAAGGCUAACGCGAGUCUGCCACCGCCGCCACCGCCAGCAUCGGUUAGCGGUUUCGAUGAUGAGGACUUUGGACGGCCUACUGGACCUUCGCAGCCUCUGCCUACAUCAACAAAACAGCCAUGGGGCCCACAUCAACCUGUCCCGCCUUUUGAACCUGAGGCGAGUGCAUACUAUCCUGAAUCUGAGGGAAUUGCGAAAGAGGAAGGUGGAACACCCCAGUUCCCACCACCAGCACCGCCAGACUGUUCACCGGAGGCGAUAGCGAGCGCCGGCAGUGGCGCUGACCCACGUUGCCUGACGGGUGGUGAGCUGGACCAAUCAGUGGCGUACCCCAACUCCCGUGAGUCUCCGUCUCACUGGCAGUCGCCAGAAGAUCCUGGCCUCGGGGAGGGUGGUGCGAGUAGCGGCCUCCCUCCAGAGGCCCUAGAACCUCCACCACCACCACCGCCGCAUCCUUAUCCUAGCUACGUCGAGACACCUCCUGGCAAUCGACCCCAGUAUGGCGGAUUGCCCAACUUUGAAGGGCUUGUGCCGUUAUCGAGAACGCCACUUCCGCCAACUGACCUGAAUCCACCCUACUUACCGCCACCAGCGACGCAGAGGCAACCGUCACCACCGUCAACCACCGCCGCCCCACCCCGAGAGCUACCCCCGGAUAUCUGGUUGCCUGUGCCCGAGCUGCAGCCCGGCGAUCCAAAGUUACCCGACUCUAAACUCCUCCUCUCCGACUUCCCACCCCAUCGGGGCCGCCCAAUGCUGGGCGUCGGCAAAGAGAAUGCGGCAAUGUCUAACCGCAACUACCUUUUCGUAAUCGCGCCUCUUUUGAUCACUGCAAACCUGGUCUAG